GGGGCCGGGCGGUGCGCGGGUGGCAAAAGUGGUGCGUUCUCGGAGGGGCCGGUGCGCGAGGCUGCGGGCGUGCUUGAGCGGCCUGCCCCGCGCCCGCCGCUGCCAUGGACGGUCUGCGCCAGCGCUUCGAACAUUUUCUGGAACAGAAGAACGUGGCCACCGAAGCGCUCGGGGCGCUCGAAGCCAGGACCGGUAUAGAGAAGCGGUAUCUCGCCGCGGGAGCCCUCGCCCUUCUAGGCCUGUAUCUUCUGUUCGGCUACGGGGCCUCUCUACUGUGCAAUGUCAUCGGAUUUGUAUACCCCGCAUAUGCUUCAGUCAAAGCUAUCGAGAGCCCAAACAAGGACGACGACACUGUGUGGCUAACCUACUGGGUGGUGUACGCCCUGUUCGGUCUGGUCGAAUUCUUCAGCGAUCUACUCCUGUUCUGGUUCCCUUUCUACUACGCGGGCAAGUGCGCCUUCCUGUUAUUUUGCAUGACCCCCGGGCCCUGGAACGGGGCGUUACUACUGUAUCAUCGCGUCAUAAGACCUCUGUUUCUAAAACAUCACGUGGCACUAGACAGCGCGGCGACCCAGCUAAGCGGAAGAGCACUGGACUUAGCAGCUGGGAUAACGCGGGACGGUGCGUACUCUGGGCAGAUGCCCAUGGAUACUGGAUUUGUUUUGUUUUUUUCACCCCCUUUGGGUUUCCUUAAAUUUGUUUUUUGUUUGUUUGCUUGUUUUGGUUUUUGUUUUUUCUUUUGUUGUUUUUUGAGACAGGGUCUCACUAGUAACUUACUUUGUAGACCAGGCUAGCCUUAAACUCCUAAAGAUCCACUUAUCUAAGCCUCUUUCCAGAGAGCUAGGAUUAAAGGUUCAUGCCACCACCCAUGGCUAAUUAGGUUGUUUUGAGACAGAAAGCGCCGGGCGGUGGUGGCGCACGCCUUUAAUCCCAGCACUUGGGAGUCAGAGGCAGGCGGCUUUCUGAGUUUGAGGCCAGCCUGGUCUACAGAGUGAGUUCCAGGACAGCCAGAGCUACACAGAAAAACCCUGUCUCAAAAAACCAAUCCCCCCCCCCCAAAAAAAAGUAUUUUAUGUAGCCGAGGGUGAUCUUUUGUUCCUGAUCUUCCUGCCUCUACCUCCUGGGUGCUGGGAUGACAGGUGUGACAGUAUCACCCUGCCCUAGCUUGCUUCUGGGUCUCAAUUGACUCUCUGUCCGUGUCUGUCCCUGUGACUGGAUUUGCUUGUCUGCCCACUCGCCUGUUUCGAGCCUCCUGACCCAGGCUACACUCCUUGUCUUGCGUCUCGACCACCCCUGCAUGGCUCUGCUAUUCUCUUACUGUCUGCCUCUCUCUCCUCGGCUGUCGGGAACCAGUACUACAGGCCUUGGCUCGGGGCCGGGCUCUCGUCACCCCAGCCUCAACAUCGGAGCUCCCAGCCGCUCUGGAACCGGACCCCAAGUCAAGUCAGAGCCUGCUCCUGAGCCACAAGUGAGGUCUGCUGGCAGCCUGUGUGCGGAUCCCCCAGCCACUGACAAGGAACACACAGCUGAUGAUGCCCAGGCCUCUGAGAAUUCUUCAGACUCCCAGACAGAGGAAACACAACCACAACCACAAUCACAACCACAACCACAACCACAGCAGCAACAGCAGCAGCAGCAGCAGCAGCAGCAGCAGCAGCAGCAGCAGCAGCAGCCACAGCGCCGACCCUCAAGCCCAAGUAAGCCAGUAGGAAGCCCGUCCCGCGCUGCGAGUGGCCAGUCCCCGUCCCCGGUCAGCCCAGGCUCCACAUCUGCAUCCCGGGGUCAGCUGGCCACUGGCUCUGUCAGCGGCUCCCAGAUUCCCAGCAAGUCCCGGCCCCAUCGCAGCCGUGGCAGUUUGACUCCCAGAGCUGCACAGCGUGCCCGGCUCCCCAGUGCUACACUGGGGUCCACUCAGUUGCCUAUGCGCUCGGGAGGUGCCUCACAGCCCACAGGCCGGUCUUUGGGACCCAGUCGGACAACAGGCCGCCACACGGGAACAAACCAGCAGACCCCUCAGGUCUCCGCAGCAGCCCAGCCAGCAGGCCGGGCGGCGGUGGCAGCAGCAGCUGCUGCAGCAACACCAGUGGCAGUGGCAGCGCCAGCAGCCACAACUGCACCCACUUCCACACAGCGUGUCAGCGUCUCCGCCCAGGGCUCGCCUAGAGCCCAGUCUCCCGGCACACCCCCUGACCCCAACCAGGCUGGCAGCAAAGCUCCUGUCGAGCCAGGGGAUGCAGGCUCCAAGAGCAACAAGCAGGGCCAGAAGACACAGGUGGCCUGCAACACCUCAGUGCCCGAUCUGCUGGUCCCCUGUCACUCUGAUUCCUCUCUGGACUAUUUGUCCGAGUCCACCACAGAGAUCACCUGUAAAUGGCCAGAAUAUAGUCACCAGCUGCGCUGCCCAAGACACUGCUGGCUUUUGCCACAUCUGGCAUACUAGUGGCAUGCCUGGACACCUAUGGGCCACGAGACCUGAAGGGACACCUGCCCAAGAGAGCCACAUGAAACACUAGACCACCAGAGCACCACACAAGAGCCACAUCGAAUAGCUGCCCGCCAUAGAAACAAGUCAAACAUCAGGCACAACGCCAUGUGAGACACCCCCCAGCCAGGCCUCCACACAUCACUGCCCGUGGACUCCCAAGUGAGGCACCUACCACACAGCCAUAUGAACUACCCCCACAGUGGCACCACACUUCCAUCAGGUGCACGUGAGACACCAUCUGGGGUCCCCGUGUAACAUCUAUCCUCCGAGCACGCAAUAAAGUCACCGCUCAGGCUCACCAA